GCUGGUCGGAGGCUGAGAGCACCAGAGCCCGGCACAGAGGACGAUUCAACAUGUGACGAGCCAUCUCAGUUCACAGAGAGACCGCGGCCUCAGGGAUCGUCCCCUGUUGAGGAGUAUCCUGAAACUGAGAAAUACACCGACAGUGACAAAGAGUGUGAAGAGGAGCAUGACCCACACUACAAAAGUGGGAGUGGAAGGAAAACUAAGAAGUCUGGGCUUGGGUCCAUGUUUGAAAAGCGCUCCACUCCAAAGAUGAGUAAACUGAAGGAAGUCCAUAGUCCCGAGUCCGGGCUGAUCGUGAAAACAGCCAAAGAUGGAUGUGCGGAGGGUCUGGUUUAUGGUGGAGGAGGGAGAGAGGGAAUCUUUAUUAAGGAAGUCGUACCAGAGUCACCUGCCUCAAAAAGUCUCAAACUCAAAGAAGGUGAUCAGAUUCUGAGCGCCACUGUGUAUUUUGACAACGUGUCAUACGAGGAUGCCAUCCAGAUCCUGGAGCACGCUCAGGCGUACAAAGUGAAGCUCUGCUUGAAACGCAAACCCAACAUCACAGAGACUGAACCAACCAUCGAGUCUGACGUCAUCCCUGAGGAAGACGUCUAUGCACCAGAGAUGAGGGAGCAAGGAAAAACCAAAAGGCGUGGUGACGCCCGCAUUUCAUGGCCUAAGUUUCCCUCCUUUGGGAAAGGACGGAAGUCCCGCUUUACAAGGUCUCACAGCUCCUCAGAGGCUGAUGAGCAGCGAAAACUCGAGCUUAGCCCAACAACAAGCGACACAGAGUCACCUAUAAAAUCUCAGGAUGCUCUCAAAGGCAAGAAGAAGCAUAAAGUGAAGCUUUCUGCUCUAACAAAGAGAGGACGAAUUAGUUCAUCCGAAGACCAGGACACAGAUGCACCUACAACAACGCAGAUGAUUUCACCUGAGUGCCUUGAAAGCCCCUCAGGAGAAACACCUCAAAUCUAUGCUGAAGACUUAAGACGUGAGCAAACCGAUCAAAAACUGACUGAACCUCAAACUGUUCAACACAAGGUGGAGCUCAUCGAUAUAGACAGCACUGUGAAAACAGCAGAUCUAACUGCGGCUCUGGCGGGUCAAGAAAGUCCGUCUGGUAUUAAAUCCCCCGACGGGAAGAAAAAGAAGAAAGAACGGUCCGAAUUAAAAUUGAAAAUUCUGGGGAAGGAUAAAUCGUACAAGAAAGAUGCAAAAGCCAAAUCAUCACCAAAGAGGCUAAAAACACUGGGGGCAAGUAUUGAAAUAGCAGACCAACCUGGAAAUGAAAAAUCAGAUGUCAUCCCAAGUUUGGAUUCACAAACACGACCACAGGGAGAUCAACUAGCACUCGAUGGCAACACCCAAAUAAUCAGCAGUGACAGUUCAAGGAUAAUCCCCACCAAAUCAGGGACGACACAGAUGGAAACGAGUGCACCAAAGGUGGAACUUGAAAUAUCUGAUGUUCUAUUGAUACAAAAAUCUCCACAGAAAGGCAAAGACAAAGACAUGAAGCAGAAACAAGAAACAAAGAUAGGUCCAACAUUCAAACUGCCUAAAAUCGGCUUUUGCGACCUUGAAACUGAGGAAAUAAUACCAAAGAAUAAUGUAAACGUUGAAGAAGGCACAACUGAGAUUGAGCAGGUUACAGCUGAGGGCACAGAGGUGAAAGAAGAUCCGUAUGAGCGACUGUCAAAAAGCACUCGUUCCAGAACAAAACUUCCCAAACGUGAAGACAUUGAGAUUCCAGGUAUGGAGGACAAGUUUACGAAGCCCACAGCCAAAAGAAUUAAAGAGCCAAAAGCUGGUUAUACUGGAAAUUAUGAAGACAUUCAGGCUGAAACUGUACAACUGUCCAUUGAUGUUGACAGCGUGAAAGAGGCAGUUUCAAAACUGCCUGGAUUUAAGCUGCCUAAGGUUGACACGAGUGGAGUUCCUAUUCCUGAAGAAAUUACUGUGAUAGAUGCAAAUGCACAAAGAAUAUCAGUGAAAACACCCACGAAAACAAAACAUGAGACACACUUAAGUAAGUUCGAUGUAGCUGCCUCUCCAGGAAUCUCCAAGACAUCAGUCAACCUACCAAAGAUCACACCUACUGAUUUAUCUUCAGAGGAGCUUCUGAUUGAGACCCGCGUAGAUUUUAACAAACCUGAAAAGAAAUACAAAACUGAGCCAAAGCAAGGCGACGGAGAGGUUUAUAAACGAGAACAUAUCGUAAUACCUGGAAAAGAAAGUGCAUGUGAAGUCGCCACUCUUCAGACACAAGGCACAGAGGGCAUCAAGUCCGAGUAUGAAUCUACAGCUACAUUCAAAUCAAAGAAGAUGACAAUGCCUCGCUUUGGGAUUGCAAAACCAGACAUAAGAAUCCCUGACAUUGGAACUGACUUGCCUAAACAAACUAUCUCUGAGCAAAAAGUUGACAAUGUGAAAGGAGAAAGGACGAUUUUCUUCCAAGAAGUAAAGGUGUCAAAGACUGAAACAGGGAACAAGAUGGGAGGAGUCAUAUCGGAUGUCAGGAUACCUGAAAUUGAGGGCAUUGAAUACAUUGAUUCAGUAGUUGGUUCACCAGCCAAAAAGGAUGCUGGCAUAAAGCUUACGGGUCUUGGUGAUAAUCUUCAUGCUGCAGGCCCAAAAUCUGAUCUCUCCUUUCCGGAGAUCAGGGAUGAAAUUAAAGACGCUGAAGCUGAGGAGCACAAAUUCAAACUUCCAAAAUUUGGAGCAGUGACUCCAAACAUCAGUGUGACUGUGCCUGAUGCAGGUAAGGAUAUGACUAUUGAUGGGGCAGAAACAGAAAAGGAUGGGAGGUUUAAAAUGCCAACUCUCAGUAUGCCAAAGGUGAUAGGACCGAAAAUAGAUUUAAGCUUGUCAAAAAAAGAUGUAGACAUCUCACUACUGGAGGCUAAAGCUGAGACUGAACUCACAGACAUUCCUGAGGUUGACGUUUCUCUUGGAAAAAUAAAUUUGUCUCUUCCAGAGCAAAAGAUGGAGGUUGAAAAACCUGAACUGGAAAUCAAACCAUGGCAGACUGAGGGUGAACUCGAUGGACAUGGAAGAAAGUUCAAGAUGCCAAAGCUUGGAAUUAAAAUGCCCAAAUUAAAAGGGCCUGAAUUUGAUUUAAGCUUAUCAAAGAAAGAUGUUGAUGUCACACUGCCAGAGGCUAAAGCUGAAAUCAAACUACCAGAAGCCCCCAAGACUGAUGUUACUCUUGGAAACGUAGAUGUUUCCAUUCCAGAGCAAAAGAUGGAGACUGAAAAACCUGAGCUGGAAAUCCAACCUCUGAGGACUGAAGGCGAACUUGAUGGACAGGGAGGAAAGUUCAAAAUACCCAAAUUUGUUGUAAAAAUUCCAAAAGUGAAAGGGCCUGAAUUUGAUUUUAGCUCAUCAAAGAAAGAUGUUAAUGUCACACUGCCGGAGGCUAAAGCUGAGAUCAGACUCCCAGAAACCCCUAAAAUUGAUGCCAGUCUUGGAAAAGCAGAGGUUUUGAUUCCAGAAGCAAAGGUGGAGGUUAGAAAACCUGAAGUGAAAGUCCAAACCUUGCAGACUAACGUUGAACUUGAAGGACAUGGAGGCAAGUUCCAAGUGCCAAAGUUUGGAAUCUCAAUGCCAAAAGUAAAAGGACCUGAAAUUCACUUUGGCUUAUCGAAGAAAGAUGGAGAUGUGACACCGCUGGAAGCCACAGCUGAAGUAAAAUCUCCUGAAGCUACUGAAGUUGAUGUCAGUCUGGGCAAAGCAGAUGUUUCUCUUCCAAUGGGAAAAAUUGAAGUCAAAAAGCCUGAAUUAGAAAUAAAACCUCUACAAAGUGAAGUUGAACUUGAUGGUCAAGGAAGCAAGUUUAAAAUGUCAAAGUUGGGAGUGUCAAUGCCAAAAGUAAAAGGACCUGAAAUUCACUUUGGCUUAUCAAAGAAAGAUGGAGAUGGGACAUUGCCAGAAGCCAAAGCUGAAGUAGAUGUCCCUGGAGUUAAACUAAAAGAACCCUCUGCGAAGGUGAAAGUCAAAGCUCCUGAAAUACAUGUUGCGACAAAAGGUACAGAAGGAUCACCAACAAAAUUUAAGAUGCCAACGUUCAAACUACCAAAAUUUGGAAUUGUAACUCCAAACAUUUCUGCAGAACCACCUGAUACGGACAAAGGUGUCAAAAUCGAUGGAGCAGAUAUUAAUAUCCCUGACAAGGGGUCUGCAGUUCACAUUACAGCACCCAGCAUUGACAUCGACGGAGCUUCCAUAGAUAUGAAAACUGAAGGAACUGAACAGGAUGGAAAAGGAAGCAAAUUUAAAAUGCCACAUCUUGGUUUAUCCAUGCCAAAAGUGAAGGGACCUAAAAUUGAUUUGAGCCUUUCAAAGAAAGAUGCAGAUGUCACGUUACCAGAGGCCAAAACUGAUGUCCAACUUCCAGAGGUCAAUCUUGGGAAAGUAGAUGUUUCAAUUCCAGAGGCUAAAGCUGAAAUAAAACUUCCAGAAGACCAUAAACUCGCUGUGGAGAUGAAACCACCAGAAGCAGAGAUGGAUGGACAUGGUGAGAAGUUUAAAAUGCCAAAGUUUGGAAUCAAAAUGCCAAAAAUCAAAGGGCCUGAGUUUGAUUUAAACCUAUCAAAGAAAGAUGGAGAUGUCACAUUACCAGAGGCUAAAGCUGAUGCCAAAUUUCCAAAGGUGGAUCUUGGGAAAGUAGAUGUUUCAGUUCCAGAGGCUACUGUGGAGGUUAAAAAACCGGACAUGGAAAAGCAGUUCUUGCAGACUGAAGGUGAACUUGAUGGACAGGGGGGGAAGUUCAAGAUGCCAAACUUAUCAAAGAAAGAUGUUGAUGUCACACUGCCAGAGGCUAAAGCUGAGGUCAAACUCCCGGAAGCCCCUAAAACUGAUAUUAAUCUUGGAAACGCAGAUGUUUCCAUUCCAGAGGUAAAGGCUAAUGUUGAAAAACCUGAGCUGGAAAUUAAACCUUUGCAGACUGAAGUUGAAGUUGAAGGAAGCAAGUUCAAGAUGCCAAAGUUUGGAAUGUUGAUGCCAAAAGUGAAAGGUCCUGAAUUUCAUCUAGGCUUCUCAAGGAAAGAUGGAGAUGUCACCCUACCAGAAGCCAAGGCAGAUGUCAACCUCCCUGAUGUUGAACUUAAAGACGCUCAUGCUAAAGUAGAAAUUAAAGCUCCUGAGAUUGAAAAUGUAGCUAGGGGCACAGAAGGAUCACCUUCAAAAUUCAAAAUGCCAAAUUUCAGUUUCUCUAUGCCUAAAGUCAAAGGGCCUGACAUAGAUUUAAGCCUAUCAAAGAAAGACACAGAUGUCAUAUUACCAGGGACUAAAGCGGAGAUCAAACUCCCAGAAGCCCCGAAAAUCGAUGCCAAUCUUGGACAAGCAGAAGUUUUGAUUCCGGAAGCAAAGGUGAAGGUUAGAAAACCUGAUGAUGUUGGACUUGAAGGGCAUGGAGGCAAGUUACAAGUGCGGAAGUUUGGAAUCACAAUGCCAAAAGUAAAAGGGCCUGAAAUUGAUUUAAGUUUCUCCAAAAAAGAUGUUGAUGUGACAAUUCCAGAGGCUAAAGCUGAGGUUGAACUCCCAGACGCUCCGGACAUUGGUGUUGAUAUGAAACCACCAGGGUGUGAAGCAGAAAUUGAUGGGCAAGGAAGCAAGUUUAAAAUGCCAAAGUUUGGAAUCACAAUGCCAAAGGUAAAAGGACCUGAAAUUGAUUUAAGCUUCUCCAAAAAAGAUGUCGAUGUGACACUACCAGAGGCUAAAGCUGAAGUCAAACUUCCUGAUGUUGAACUGAAAGAACCGUCUGCUAAAGUGGAAAUUAGAGCUCCUGAGAUUGAAGCUCAGCUGGGUCACGUGGAAGGAUCGCCAUCAAAAUUUAAACUGCCAUCAUUUAAGUUUCCUAAAUUUGGAGCUGCCACUCCAAAUAUCAGUGCAGAGGUACCUGAAAUGGACAAAGACAUAAAAGUUGAAGGGGCUAGGUUUAAAAUUCCUAAAGAUAUAGUAACAGUUGAUAUUGCAGCACAGAAUGUUGAUAUUGAUGGCCCAUCACUUGAUGUAAAAAUGAAAGGAACUGAAGGUGAAGGGAAAGAAAGCAAGUUCAAGGUGCCAAAGUUUGGAAUAUCAUUGCCAAAGGUACAAGGGCCUGAGAUUGAUUUAAGCUUACCAAAGAAAGAUAUCAAAUUACCUGAGGCCAAGCCUGAGGUUGAACUCCCAGAAGGAUCUGCAAUUGAUGUUAACCUUGGAAAAGUAGAUGUUUCAAUGCCAGAAGCAAAGAUGGAGGUUAAACACCCUGAACUAGAAAUUAAAGCCUUCCAGUCUGAAGGUGAACUUGAUGGGCAAGGGCACAAGUUAAAAAUCCCAAAGUUUGGAAUCUCAAUGCCAACAGUAAAAGGAACUGACAUUGAUUUUAGCUUAUCAAAGAAAGAUGCAGACAUCACCCUACCAGAAGCAAAAGCUGAGGUCAAUCUUCCUGAUGUUGAACUUGAAGAACCUUCUGCUAAAGUGGAAAUUAAAGCUCCUGAGAUUGAAGCACAAUUAGGCAAUGUGAAAGGAUCACCUUCAAAAUUUAAACUGCCAACAUUCAAAUUUCCCAAAUUUGGAUCUGCCACUCCAAAUGUCAGCGCUGAAGUACCUGAUAUAGACAAAAAACUCAAAAUUGAUGGCACAGACAUGCACAUAUCUGUACCACAAACAGAUGUCAAUGUACCAGAAGUUAAAGCAGAGGUCCAUCUGCCAGAGGUUGAAGUCACAAAGCCUUCAGGCAGUGUUGUGAUAGAUCAACAGCCGGGUGCUGAGGUAGAUGCAAAACUGAAAAAAUCCAGGUUUUCAUUGCCCAGAUUUUCUUUUUCAAAACCAAGUGUUAAUGUCCCUGAAAUGGAUGCUAGUCUUCAGGAUGUGAAAGUUGCAAUUCCAGAGAGCAAAGUGGAAGUGAAAAAAGGGGAAGUGGAUAUGAACAUACCAGAAAUAGAGGCAGAAGUUGAUGGAAGCAAGUUUAGAAUGCCAAAUUUUGGCAUCUCAAUGCCCAAAGUCAUGGGGCCUGAAUUUGAUUUGAGCUUAUCCAAGAAAGAUGUAGACGUGACACUACCAGAAGCCAAAGCUGAGGUCAAACUGCCUGAUGUUGAAGUCAAACAACCUGAAGUGGAGCUUAAGCUGCCAGAAGGUGACGUAGAAUUAGUGGGGCAGGAAAGCAAGUUUAAAAUGCCAAAGUUUGGCAUCUCAAUGCCCAAAGUUAAGGGGCCUGAAAUGGAUCUGAGCUUAUCAAAGAAAGAUGUAGAUGUGACACUACCAGAAGCCAAAGCUGAAGUUCAACUACCAGAUGUCGAGGUCAAAGAACCUGAAGUGGAAAUCAAAGCUCCUGAGAUCAAGGUAUCAGCAAAGGGUAAAGAAGGAUCACCAUCAAAAUUUAAGAUGCCUACAUUCAAACUACCCAAAUUUGGAGUUAGUACUCCAAGUGCCACUGUAGAUGUGCCCAACAAAGACAUUAAAAUCGAAGGAGCUGACAUCAACAUUCCUGAGGAAGUUCUUACAGUUGACAUUGCAGCACCCAGUGUUGACAUUGAAGGCCCCUCAAUAGAUAUUAAAACUACAGGAAUUGAGCAUGAAGGAAAAGGAGGCAAGUUUAAACUGCCAAGUCUCGGUUUUUCUGGACCUCAAAUCAAAGGACCUGAAAUGGAUCUGAGCUUAUCAAAGAAAGAUGGAGAUGUGACACUACCAGAAGCCAAAGCUGAAGUCAAACUGCCUGAUGUUGAAGUCAAACAACCUGAGGUGGAGCUUAAGCUGCCAGAAGGUGACGUAGAAUUAGAGGGGCAGGAAAGGAAGUUUAAAAUGCCAAAGUUUGGCAUCUCAAUGCCCAAAGUUAAAGGACCUGAAAUUGAUCUGAGCUUAUCCAAGAAAGAUGUAGACGUGACAUUACCAGAAGCCAAAGCUGAAGUCAAACUGACUGAUGUCGAAGUCAAAGACCCUGAAGGUGCCAUUUCAGUACCAGAUGCACCAGCUACUGAGGUUGAGGCCAAGUUGAAACGACCGAACUGGACAUUUCCAAAGUUUUCAUUUUCACGGACAGGCAGUAAAGCCCCUGAUGUUGAUGUGAACUUUGAAUCACCCAAAGUUGAUGUGAGAUCACCAGAGGCCAAAGCAGAAGUCCACGGACCUUCAGGGUCCGUUUCAGUGGAAGAACCUCAUUCUGCUGAACUCGAUGCAAACCUGAAAAAAACUACAUUUUCUCUACCAGGAUUUUCUUUGUCAAAGUCAAAUGUUAAAGAAGGUGCAGUCAGUGCACAGGUGGAUGUUUCUCUUCCAGAGGGAGAAGUGAUAGUCAAACAACCUGAAAUGAAAAUGAAAGCUCCUGAGUUUGAAGCUGAACAUGAUGAACAAGGAAGCAAGUUUAAAUUGCCAAAGUUCGGCAUCGCAUUACCAAAAACAAAAGGACCUGAAGAAGAGUUAAGUGCAUCGCAGAGAGACGAAGGCAUCACACUGCCAGAUGUUAAAGCCGAGGUCAAACUCCCUGAAGUCAAACAAUCUUCAGCAAGUGUGGAAAUUAAAGCUUCUGAGAGUGAAGCCAAGUCAAAAGAUGUUGGAGGAUCACCGUCAAAGUUUAAAAUGCCCACAGUGAAAAUGCCCAAAUUUGGAGGUGCUGUCUAUGAUGUCACUGUAGAAGCACCUGCCGCUGACAAAGCAGCGGAAACUGAAGGAGCUAAACUGAAGGAGGAUGUCACUAUCACCAUCAAAGGUCCAAGUGUUGACAUUAAGACAGAUGUGUCCAAAGCUGUUGCAGCAGAUUCUGAAGCACCAAAGACUGAAACCGACAGCGCAGGCCUUGCCUCUCCAAGUAAAUUCAAAUUACCAACAUUUAAGAUGCCAAAGCUGAGCUUCUCCAGAGCCGCCCCUGAGGCCGAACAUGCCCCUGUGGAUGAACAUGUCCCUGAGGACGAACAUGUCCCCGUGGACACUGACAGCAAAGAUCAGCUGAAAAAGGAGGCUGAGUCAAAAGCAGAGACUAAAUCACCCAAACAGGCUUUGACAUCAUUUGGUGAGAUCCUCAAGAAUAUUGAUGUUGAAUUUGAUGUCCCAAAACCAGAAGAAAGUCUUGAAACCUCAAAGGAAGUUCAUGACACAGAUGAACCCAGUGGAAAAAAGUCUGAGACAAAGAAAGAGGAGACAAAGCAAGAUACUGUCAAAAGUCCUGAGAGGACAGGCUGGUUUAAAUUCCCCCGGUUUGGACUGUCCUCGCCAUCAGAACCUACUAAGACACCUGAAAAAGACGAGCACAAGGACAAGAAGAGUCCAGCAGGAGAAUCAGUGGAUGAGGAAAUAAGUCAAACCUGUUCUGUCCAGUCAUCUGAUGCCUUCGCUGACAUUAGCUCUGCAAUGACGAGUGAGCAUGCUGGCCUGUCCUUAUCUUCUCCAACCAAAGUCACGGUCAAAUACUCGGACCCUGAUGCUGCCACAGUGCUUGGAGAGAUGCACAGUAACAUCAUUACUUCCACCACAAGGACUGAGCUUGUCUCCGUUGAGCCCAACCUGCCUGAGAAAAUCACCAUUCUGUCAUCCGGAGUUUCAUCUUCAUCCGAGGACACCCUCAGACUGGAAUCUGGAAAAAUACAUGUCAUUACAUCAAACAUACAGGCGACGCCAGAGGCACAGCAUGCCAAGCUGCUGACUGCUCUCCAGGUCCAAUCAGCUGGAGCCCUUCCCCUCCAAUCAGACGCUGAUGAAGCGGCAGCGUGGACCGUCGAGGAUUCACAUGGCAACAAGAGGACGGUCCUUGAAAGGCGUUUAGUCCGGGAAACAUCAAGUGGAAGAAGUGAAAGCAAAGAAACAAUUGUUAUAACAAAACAGAUCACACAUUCCUUGGAGCCCAUCUCAGGUGAGACAGCGUCAUCCGUUCAGCGACUACGAGACUCUGUGCACUUGGAGAAAAUGAGGUUCUUCGACGGAGUCAACAAGUGAAAUAACUCAAUAUAAACUGUGUUUAUUGACCGGUGUCAGGGGCCGGUGGGUUUCUGACUGAUGGAGAGCUUAGACAGAAAACAGAUCAUUAACGAAUCACAGUAAAGAUUGAGUCUGUGUUCACCUCUGGUUGCAUGUUGUUGAUCUGUAAAGAGACGGAUUGAUGUAAAUCACACUGACCAUGUGAUGAAGUUGUUAAUAAGCUGUGUAACUGAGUGCCCUUACUGCAGAUAAUGAACCAAAUAUCCUGCUUCUUAUGGUACUGAGCUAAAAUAAGCCAUGACUUUUACUCUAAUAUCUUUUUAUAAAGUCUGACACUGAUCCGACUUCCUGUGCUCUUAUUUAUCGGACAAUAAUCACCAGUGCAUUUGAUUUAAGAAAGUUUGAUCUGAGCUGAAAAUCAGUCGAUGUUACUGACAUUCCAAAAUGUGUUUACAGUAAUUUCACAGCGCCUUCGUUCGGUGCAGUCUACAACAGAUAAUGUAUCACCAGAUAUUCUUGUUGCUGUAGCUGAAGAAACAAACAUAGCAAUGCAAAGCUGAAAUGAAACGCUCCUGAUGACGUGUGCUGCUGCUGCAUCUAUAUUUGUAUUAAUAUUUUUGCUUAAAACCUCAUUUGCUACGAUAAAAAUAUAUGGACAGUAGGAUGCCUUUCAGUAUCUCUGUACAAAGAGGAAUAUUAAUAAACUGGCUGUGUAAAUAGC